AUGUCUGACAACGCGAAAAUCUGCUUAAUUUGUGGUAGAACUGCCUACGUUCGCCAUUACGGCGUCCUCUCCUGCGAGGCAUGCAAAAUGUUCUUCCGCCGUAUAGUUCUAGGAAAUAAGAACUACAAAUGCACUUUACCCAAUAAAGAAUUUUGUGAGAAGAAUAUCCUAAAAUGCAAGGGAUGCCGAUUCGAGAAGUGUAAGCGACUCGGGAUGUAUCUGGACAUAGCGGAUAUUGGUAGAACGGAGGAGUCAAGGACGAAACAGAUGGAAGGGGAAAAUAAGGACCUGUUGGAAUUAUUGGAAAACUUAAAGAAAUUAGAUACAUUGAAGACGGCAAUAAAUCCAGAUGAAUUUUCUAGUCAAUUCCCCACCAUGUUAUAUUUUUUAAAUUGCAAUAUUAUUCAAAUCCUCGGUGCAGAGGAUAAAACGCAAAUAUUAAAGUACAACAGGCGGAAAUUGGGAUAUUUUAUUGGAGUCAUGGUGCUUUUAAAUAAAACUGAGCCGGAUUUGAUGAUGUACUCCAAUGAUGGGUGGAAUAAAGAUUUGGAAUUAGUUGGUCAUAUGGCAAGUAUGAAGAUUUCGCAUGAAGAGUAUCUCCUGCUGAUUUUGCUAUUCCCGAGAUCUCACAAUCCGCGAUUCAAGUAUUAUCUUUUUAUCAACGGGGCUACUGUAAUAUGCUGCUUCGCCAUUGCCAACAAACCCACGGUCGGAAUGGAAUAA